AAUACACGAUGAAUUGUUUAAUAGUAAAUAUUGUUGUUUUUGUAAAUGUGUUCUCCGGCAUCUUGUGUGCUGAUGAAUGGGACUAUUUAAAUUUUGAGGCAUGGCCAGAAACUUGCAAAACUGGACAUCGUCAAUCACCCAUAGAUUUAAAUCAAAAAAAGGCAGAAGCACAAACGCCGGAUCCGUUUAAAUUCUAUUCAUAUAAUAAACGGUUUAAAGCAAAUAUACAGAAUAGUGGACAUGGAGUUGUGAUAACCUUCUCCCCAGAAAAUAAAGGAGUAGUGACUUUAGCUGGAAGUGUAUUACCCGAAACAUACAUUUUUGAUAAUUUACACUUCCAUUGGCCUUCGGAACAUACCAUUAAUGGCAAAUAUUAUCCACUUGAAGCACAUUUUGUACAUUACGCCAGAUCUGCUGGAAGUGUAGCUGAAGGGUUGAAGAGACCUAAUGGAAUUGCUGUUUUGGGUGUUUUAUUGGAAUUAUCUUUAGAUACAAACCCUGCAUAUGAAUCAAUUGUAAGAGCUUUGCCGAACAUAACCGAAAAUAUAAGGCAUCCAGUCCAACUGGAUAAACCAAUCGCAUUGGCGGCUUUCCUUCCAGAAAAUAAGAAAUCAUAUUUUUAUUAUGAAGGAUCGUUGACUACGCCAGCUUGUAACGAAGCCGCACUUUGGACAGUUUUUACGCAACGUGUAAAAAUUGGACAAAAACAGUACAACACACUGAAGCAUAUAUACAACAUCAAAAAGCAGUUGCUUAUUAUGAAUAAUAGACCUCUACAACAACUUUAUGGAAGAACUGUUAAGUAUUCUUCUUGUUGCCAAUAAUUUUAAUUACUUAUUUGUAAUUUGUUUAAUAAAUAAGUACAAAUUUU